AUGACUGCUGCUAACAUCACAGGAUUGGAGUACGUUUCCGUGGAAACCAAACUUCUCCAUAAUGUCAUAGCAACAACAAUAGCUUGUCUCGGUUGCAUCACAAACAUCAGCACCAUCUUGGCCAUCAUAAAGACACGCUUGCACCGAGAAGCGGCCAUGUUAUUGGUGUUGAAUCUGAUUGUUCUGAAUCUGAUUCCAUGUGUGUUUACACUGCCUUACAUCUCCUACCUAUCGUUUACCCAUUCCAUGGUGUCCGAACCUGUAGAUAACACCGUCUGUAAAAUCAUGGGUUUCCUCACAUAUUGUAUUGUUGGAACGGAGGUGAUUGGCCUCAUUUUAGUUUCGAUGAAUCGAUACAUACUUGUGGUUCACUUUGACAAGUACGAACAAAUAUACAAACGUAGAUGCAACCUAGCAAUAAUGCUUGUCAUGUCCUGGAGUAUCUACCCUGUUAUCCUAAUAUUCCCUGCCUUGGAGGUAUGGGGCGAGUUUAAGUAUGACCCUUACAGGUUUUUCUGUCACCCCUUCAAUAAGGAUUCGUUUGGCAGCUUCCUGAUCCUGUUUACUGGAGGUGUGAGUCUGCCAUUGCUGACCGUCUGCUACAUCGGCAUGAUCUACAAAGUCUGGACCAGCAGGUUUAAAGUGAACGCUAGUCGUAGCAAUCAGCAAUCUAUUGAAAUGUCCACUACUAUCCGGCGUUAUAAGCAAGAGCUACAUUUGGUCAUCUCAGUCAUUCUGAUAUUGACAACAUUUGCAAUGCUGUACAUACCUUUCCUUGUCAUUUCCUUCCUGUCUAAAGAGGAUUCCAUUGCUGAAAUAAUCAGCCUCUACAUAGCAUGGACACAUUGUGUCGUAAAUGCUCUUGUAUACAGCUUAAGAAACACCCACAUACUGAAAGUAUACUGCUGUAGAAAUUAA